GUUGUGGAGGAUGGUUCCAUCAAUAAAGUUUUACAAAGAUCAGCAAUACUCUGCUUUAAAAGAAGAAUGCCUUCAAAACCAGCAACAGUUUGAGGACCCUUACUUUCCUGCAACAAAUGAGUCACUCUUUUACACCAAGUCUCCUCCAGGAAUAAUUGAGUGGAAACGGCCAAAGGACCUAUGUGAAUCUCCUCAGCUGGUUGUAAAUGGAAUCAGUUCACACGAUUUAAACCAAGGGGAUCUGGGGAAUUGCUGGUUUGUAGCUGCCUGUUCCUGUUUAGCUCUUCGGGACAGUCAGUGGCAAAAGGUCAUCCCAGACUGGAAGAAGCAGGACUGGGACUCAAAAAAUCCAAAUAAUCAUGCAGGCAUCUUUCACUUCCGGUUUUGGCGUUUUGGCGAAUGGACUGAUGUCGUGAUAGAUGAUCGUCUUCCAACAAUGAAUGGCAAACUCCUGUUUUGUCACUCCAACUCCAAGGAAGAAUUCUGGAGUGCAUUGUUGGAGAAGGCAUAUGCAAAAUUGGCAGGGUGCUAUGAAGCUCUGGAUGGAGGAAAUGCUGGCGAUGCGAUUGUUGAUUUCACUGGCGCAGUGGCAGAAACCAUUGACAUACAGAAGGCCAAAUGUGCAGAAAACAAAGUCAGUAAUGUGAAGCUAUUUAUGAAGCUGUUAAAAGUGUACAGGCGAGGAGGGAUGAUCAGCUGUUCCAUCCAUGAUAAACUAAACAAGGAACUGAUAGCUAACAAAUUGCAUGGGCUGAAGAUUAACCAUUCAUAUUCUGUGACAAACAUGCAGAAGGUUCAUCUGGGUAACACUGCAGAAAAAAUCUUUAUGAUCAAAAUGAGGAACCCAUGGGGAAAAGUUGAAUGGUUGGGCCCUUGGAGUGAUAGUUCACAGGAAUGGAAGAAAGUGGGCAAAAAGGAAUGUAAAAGAAUUGGUGUUGAUGUUAAGAACGAUGGUGAGUUCUGGAUGACAUUCCAAGACUGGUGUGAACUCUUCACAAAUGUAAUAGCUUGUCGGCUGAUCAACACGUCUUUAUGGAGUAUCCACAAGACCUGGGAUGAGGUGAUACUACGGGGGGCCUGGAGGAUACAUGAAGACCCAGUAUGGAACCGUGCUGGAGGAUGUACUAAUUACCUGGACACCUUCCUGCAAAAUCCCCAGUAUGUCUUUGACAUGACCAAGGAGGAGGAUGAGGUACUUAUUUCACUGCAGCAGAGAGACAAGCGCAUUCACAGGAUGGAAGGCAAAGGCAUGAACUUGAUUAUUGGUUUCAACAUCUUCCAGGUGGAACUUAACCGAGAGUACAGAUUGCACAGUUUCUUUAAGAGAGUGUCCACGUCAGAUUACAGUGCAACGCGAAGUAUUUUCCUGCGAACAGACCUGAAGAAGGGACGUUACGUCAUUAUCCCGACUACCUUGGAGCCAAAUGAAGAGGGUGAUUUUCUGCUGAGAGUCUACACAGACAGGGCUUCUGGAUGCAGGGAAAUGACCCUUGACAAGCCAGAGGUGACAUGUUGGAACAUAAUUUUGCGUUAUCCACAGAUCGUCACACAGCUCCACCUUCACAGUGCAAGAGAUCUGCCAAAGCAAGAUUCCUCUGGAGGAGCAGACCCAUACGCAAUAAUUAAAUGUGAAUUUCACAGGAUACGUACUGCUGUUUUUAAAGACACACUGAAUCCACAAUUUGAUUCAAUCGUAACUUUUUACAGGAAGAACCCUAUCCUUCCAAUAGUCAUUCAGAUUUGGAACAGCAACAGAUUUUGUGAUAAGCUAAUGGGGGAGGUGACCCUUGAAGAAUCCCAAAAUAACCCCAGCACUGAACAGACCUUGCAGCUUCAGAACAAUGGCCAGCGGGAAGGCGAGACGCCAGGCAGCAUCACUAUCACUGUUAGGAGCAGCAACAACCUGGCAGCGUUCUGAAAUGCAAAGGCUGCCAAAAUAUCCCCACUGCAGCUGAGCUUCAAGCACAUCCUUUUUUUUUAAAUUGCUCCCGGAAUAGACUUGAGAUUUAAAGAACACUUUAUUAAAGAACCUGUCAGCACUUAUUUCCCUUCCUCUCCAACCCCUAACCUCCACAAAAAAAUAUUCCAAGUAUAUGACUUAAGAAAAUAAAUGUCUUAUCAAUUAGUAUUUUCCCAUAGCAACAGCCAAUCAUGUAGUAGCAUUGCAAAUCUAUUUUUAACCCAUUUCUGAUAACCAGCAAGCUACUCAAAAUGCCUAAACAUAUGACUGGCCUUUAAAGUUACAGAAAAUAUUUUAUUUACUAAAAUACUGUAUCCAAGUUCUACAAGUCCUGAUACCACAUUUGCUGCUGAUUCCUCUGCUGGAUCAAGACCAUGACAAUAUUAUUGUCAGGUUCAUACUGCACCUUUCUCUUUCCCAUUAGCUCCAUGUUCCAGUUGUUUGCUCUCCUUCAACCUUCUGAUUUGGAGGUAGGAGGAUGUCCACCUCAAAGGGAUGAUAAAUUUUGGUUAGGAAAUUAGAAUAGAAUGGCAGAGUGUUGUACCUCAUUCCUACGAUAAGCACAGCCUGUGCUAUGUGGGAACGCCAGAGGCUACCUGAGUGCAGACAGGUUGUGCUAUCAAAUGGAGCACGAGCUGCAGUUGAGUUGAAAAGCAGAGAGCUGCAGGGGUAGUACGUUCCAGCAGUCAUCACCUGACAGUUUGCACGUCUUCACAGUGCAAGGGACCUUCCAAAGCAGGAUUCCUCCAGAGGUACGUCCAGUACUUAACCAAUAGUUAUAACUUUAUAUGACAUAGGAAGCCAGUCAGCCAAUUCAUCUAUGCCAGCUCUAAGUAUUCCUAACUGUCAUAUUUCCCCAUGUAUUUCUGUGCAACCUCUUGUGUCUCACAUGUCCAUCAGCGCACCCUUGAUUCUCCUGCCACCCAACUGUUCCAGGGACAAUUUACAACAGCCAAUUAACUGACCAGCAUGUCUUUCUUUGGGUUAUGGGAGGAAACCCACACAGUAACAAGGGAGAACAUGCAAACUCUAUACACACACACACCCCUCGAGGUCAGGAUCGAACCUGAGUCAUUAGAAAUGUGCUGUAACUGCAUGUGCCAUCUGACAUAGCAGAAAACUUGUAUCUUUACAGUGGUAUUGAAUACCUCUGGUUGACCUUGUGACUCUGGCAAUACUAAACAAUCUUAACCUAAUUAUUGAUGGAUAGUCUCGACAGUUGUGCAGGCCAAAAGUGGACAGGUGUAGAUCAGGUGGAGAGUUCAGGAGUCCCCCGAAUGUCUCUUCGGAAAAUUAGUAAGGGAAAUAGUUCCUUUGGGCAGUAGGUUCACGGUUAAAUCCAAGUCCCUUGCGGUGCCUUAGAUAUGGGUGGCACAGUGGUGCAACUGGUAGAUCUGCUGCUGCACAACUCCAAUGACCUGGGUUCAGUUCUGACCUCCAACGCUGUCUGUGUGGAGUUUGUUCUUCUGUCAGAUCUCUGAAGAUUAAAGACAUUUAACAUUAAAAAAAUAAAAAAGUUAAAUAACAUUAUUUUUAAUUCCUCUUAUAAUUUAGUAUGGAGAAAGGUUAUCCAUUCUUCAGCACUAUCCGUUGAACGCCACUUCAGUUUGAAACAUACAUGUUUCAUGUGAAGUCAAGAUCAGGCUUGCAUCAGUAAUAGAUUAAAAGAUCAAAGUGUCAAAAGUUUUCAGGAUGGUUAGGGGAAAGGUAAAGGGGGAAACCCAGAAGGAAUUGUUUUGUUGAUGGGACAUUUUAAACUUCCUAUUCUCUAAUUUACCUGUGGCUAUUAUUCACGUCAGUCUGACAAUGUACAAUGUUGUGAACUCCAGGUCUCUUGAAAGGAAAUAUUGACAGUGCUGUCUGGAAAUUGAGCUGCAGGAAAUGGUAAUGAGCUGAAAUUAGGUCAGUGAUGAUCAAUUAUAGAUUGCUCCAGUCACAGUCUACAUGCAAACUGAUGUAGAAAACUAUCAAUACCAUUUAGGACUCUGUGCUAAAUACCACAAAAUUAUAGUGUUGAUAAGUAACAAAUAAUUCAAUUAUCCUCACAUCAUUUUACAAGGCAUUAAUUUUUAAACAAGUAUAUUUCAAAUAGAAUUUAAAACAUACUGCAUAAAAAUAACAUUUACUACAAAGUUAAAAUGUAGUAGGAUAUAAAUAAAUUAUAAGCUGUUAAUAUAUAGGCAAUUCUUUAUUUCUAUACUCAAAAGGGCCACAUAUAACUUGCUUACAAAAAGCUUGCACUUAAAUUAAUUAACAAUGUAAAGAUUUUUAUUGAAACCAUCAAUAUUAGGGGUACUUUAACAUACAGCGGAGUGGUGAAUGGUAAAGAAGAUUUACUAAAUACUGAUUCAACAACAUUGACCUAUAAUUGCAGAAGAGCCACAAGCUUAAAACCACAAUGCCAAUUUCUAAUGGCCCAGGAAAAUGGAACAGUUUUUGUGUUAAGGACAGUAUAAUAAGUGAAGUAGCAAAGCCAGAAUAGUCAAGACAGAAAAGAGAUUAAUUAGUGAGUAGGUGUUGCCAAGCCUUGGUUUCAAAAUCCAGUCUACAGUAGGAGGUGAUGAGUUAAAUCCAAUGUUAAAUGUUGUGAAUAGGAUGAUAUUUUCUGGAGGUUUUUCUGAGGGCCAAUUUCAGUUUGUUGAGUUAUAUUCUGUAGCCAUCAACCAAAAUACCAACGCUGCUAAAAAGAUACAAGAUGGCUGAAGCAAAGAUUAAAAGGUGUGAUACAGAUAAUGAGUUUGUAAACUAAAUCAAAGAAUUAAUUCUUUCAACCUCUGCUGCAGUUAAUCAGGGUUGCAAUGUUAAAUUGAAGUACUAGACUUCAAUUUGAAGGUGGAGUCAUUUAAAAGUCUUCUUGGAAGUUUCACUUACAGUAUUUCACUCAUUUGUGGGAUUAAGGAAGCUAAAUCAGUGGGAAAUGCAAAUAGGCUGCUUCAGAGAAGAGAGUUAAUGCCAUAUAUCGUUAAAUAUUUUUGUGUUUUCAAUAAACAAUAUCCUUCAC